AUGACCGAAUACGCGAUCCCCCCUCAUAGGCUCCCUGAAUUCAUGUCGGCGAGAGAGCGCACAGCUCACUGGGUCAACAACUAUUCUCCCGAAGCAGUGUACUCCCCCUCGUACCCGCCAACACCAAUCGAGGGAAUGAACGUGCCUCCUUCACCCGCUGUCAGCACGCAUUCAUUACCGCCUCAGAUGGUUUUGCGCUACAACGACGGCCGAGGCGACGUUCCCAUUCCUCACCCAGCCUCGGACUAUCACUCUCGCUCGGACAGACGGCACAGAGUGCACCAUUCGAGUUCUAACUCGAGCUCUCCGCUGUCACCUCGGAGCCGUGAUACACCGCCGCCGCCCACCCCAGAAGAGAUUCGCGUAUUGCCGUCGCGUCCCAUCAACAACUCUUCGUCCACCUCAAGCUCCCGCCAAAGUCACACUCACGGCAAAUCAAUUCCUCGCCCGCAAACUACCCCGCCGCGCGAGGAGAUUCCAACUGGAGCUCACUCUCGACCUAGGCUUCCAACUCUCGCAACCGGAACGCAGGCCUAUUCACCCUGGGUUCAUCCUGGGCCGCAGGCGCACCACUCGAGACACGUUUCGGCUAGUACCUACCCGGCGGGCCAACAACGGUACCCUGACCCAAGUGCCUUCCACCACCCUCCCCGUGUCGGACCAGAUGGCAUGAUUUACAGUCAUUCGGCGCCCCCUGUUGUUGGUGUGGGAUACGCACCACAGCACCCAGGGAUGUACCCGCAGCCAUACCAUGGAGAGGAGCGAAUCGGCCGAGGAAGGGAGCGUCAUAUGUCGACCGGCUAUGGACGGGGCAGGAGGCCAGUCAAUCCCGUCCACUCGUCAGGUUCUGCAGAAAGCGACGGGAGCGAGAAUACGUACUACAUGGACGGCCAGAAAGUACACGUUCUGGCCCACAGUCCCGAGAGGUCGGUCGACACCGCUAGUUCUACCACAAAGGUAGCUUCUCCCUAUUCGCAAGGAUCUGCGAAGAAGCCUUUCUUCAGCCGGAUCUUCGGUCUCGGGGGCCAAAAGCCCUCGUCCCCAUCGUCCGCGAAGGGUGCGACCAUGCCCAGUGGCCGAAAGCUCCAGCGCCGACACUCCGUCGGUGAAUCCCAACGCCCUCUCAAUGCGAGGCACCACCAUUGA